GCGAGGUACCGGGAGGGAGCUCGGGGUGGAGCCGGGACGGAGGGGCCGGGCUGCGAGGCCUAGGGGGCGCUCCCUGCAGGGCAGGACCGGGAGCCAGACUGAGCACCGCUUGCACUCGCGUAGUCAGCCUCCACGCGGGCUCUGAGCGUCGCCGCAUCUCGCUGCUGCCCCACUUUUAAGUGGGAUACUCAGCUGUGGCCUGGACUCAUGUCAGCCUUGCCCAGAGCGUGAACAUAGAUGGGUGCCCUUUAGGUCGAGGGCGGGCAACCUAGGCCGGGGACCUCUGGGAGAGGAUGGUGACCCCCUGGCGUUUUUCUGUUAGGGUCUGCUUGUCAUACCUAAGAGGUUUUGAGCUCAGACAGGAACUCGGCCUUUUAAGAUCAUCUGGGUGCUCUCGUAAUGCCAGACUCUGUUGGCUUCUGCUUGGCACUUUACCCAAACUUAUCUCAGCCUAUGGAGACGUUGGUGAGGGGGGCCCUGAGAGCGUGUGCCAGCAAAGAGCCAGCUGGAGUGACCUAGCUGAAAAUGGGCCACCCCAGAGAGUCUCCCAAGAGGGGCCGCUAGGAUGCCUCCUUCUGCACCUCCGUAUCUGGCUCCGGGCUGGGGCUCUCUUGAUGAAAUUCUUCCCCCUCCUUCUCUUCUACCCCCUCACCUACCUGGCACCCAGCAUCUCCAGCCUCUGGCUCUAUCUGCUUCUGAAAGCCACGGAGACCUCGGGCCCAACAUACAUCAAACUGGGCCAGUGGGCCAGUACCCGGCGGGAUCUCUUCUCGGAGGCUUUCUGUGCCCAGUUCUCCAAGCUGCAUGUCCAGGUGACCCCCCACCCUUGGACUCACACUGAGCACUUCCUGCGGCAGGCAUUUGGGGAAGACUGGGGAAGGGUCCUCUGCUUUGAGAAGAAGGAACCUGUGGGUUCAGGCUGUGUGGCCCAAGUGUACAAAGCACGUGCAAAUCCCGCCUUCCUGGAGAAUGUCAGCAUCCAGAGACUUGCCGAGGCCUCCAGUCUGCAGCCUUCUUCAGAAGCUGGGGCAGUCCGGAGGCUGGGAGAGCUCUUUGGACCCCUGGGAAAGGGGUGGAAGUUUCAAGGAAGUCUUGCCGACCAGUCAUUUCUAGAAAGGCUGCUCCUCCCUAACGCUGACCCGGAUGGAUCAAAUGCAGUCCUGUCUCAGUCUUCAGCACCUGCCCACCAAUCUGAGCCAGAUCACCUCAUCCCUGUGGCAGUGAAAGUGUUGCACCCUGGCUUGCUGUCUCAGGUACAGAUGGACCUGCUGCUGAUGAAGACGGGCAGCCGAGUCCUCGCGCUUUUGCCAGGAGUCAAGUGGCUGAGCUUGCCGGAGAUUGUGGAGGAAUUUGAGAAGCUCAUGGUCCAUCAGAUCGACCUGCGUUACGAAGCUCGGAACCUAGAACACUUCCAGUGCAACUUCCUGAAUGUGAAUUCCGUCAAAUUCCCCACCCCUCUGCGUCCCUUUGUCACCAGGGACGUCUUGGUGGAAACUUAUGAAGAAAGUGUGCCUGUGUCCAGUUACCAGCAGGCGGGGAUUCCUGUAGACUUGAAGAAGAAGAUUGCACGGCUGGGGAUCAACAUGCUUCUGAAGAUGAUAUUUGUGGACAACUUUGUCCAUGCAGACCUCCACCCUGGGAAUAUCCUGGUCCAGGGCGCCGACGGUCUUUCCAAGAGUCAAGAGGCACGGCUGCAGCAGGUGGAUGUCUGCGAUACGCUGGUGAUGGCCAUGACACCUGCCCCAUGCCCGCUGCGCCUGGUGCUGCUGGAUGCCGGCAUCGUGGCCGAGCUGCAGGAUGCCGACCUGAGCAACUUCCGAGCAGUUUUCAUGGCUGUGGCGAUGGGCCAGGGCCAGAGGGUGGCUGAGCUCAUCCUGCAUCACGCCCGGGCCAGUGAGUGCAGGGACGUGGAGCGGUUCAAGGCCGAGAUGGCCGCCCUGGUGACUCAGGCCAGGAAGAACACCAUCACCCUGGAAAAACUUCAAGUUUCCAGCCUUCUGUCGAAUGUCUUUAAGUUACUGAUGACUCACAAGGUAAAGCUAGAGAGCAACUUCGCCUCCAUUGUGUUCGCCAUCAUGGUGUUGGAGGGGCUUGGCCGCUCCCUGGACCCCAAACUGGACAUCCUGGAGGCAGCGAAGCCCUUCCUUCUGAAAGGACCAGCGUCCUCCCGCUGACCGCAGCCGUGGGCAGGCAGCGGGCUUUCGUCUCAGAACUGAAGGCCACCCCCGGCAGCCUCUCCUGUGGCAGGUUGGACAUUUUCAAAUUGGUACGCGUGGAAGGCAUGCCGAGGUCUGGAGCUCUGACCUGGUUCAGGCUUCUGUGUGAAAAGCUUUGGGUUAUUUGGGGAAGGAAAGGGUGGGGAGACUCCUCUUCGUUCAGCGUGGGAGCUGGGCCCGGUGUCAGGGAGGCUUUCAGGGAAAAUGUUCCGCGGAGGAGGACAAAUAAACUUAGUUAUUUUGUUUU